CAAGCUAGAGAUGAAAAUCUGGACUCAUUAAGUUUUUUUUAGGAUUGACUAGGACUGUUCAUGGUUCGGUUCUUUGCUUGAACCAAACCGAACCGAACCUGAACCAAAAUUUUGGUUCGAGAGAACCGAUCCGAAACGAUAUAAUAUGGUUCGAACCGAACCGAACCGGUUUUAAAUUUCGGUUAACCAAUUCAGUAAAAUAUGCAUAUUUAUAGAUGGUUCGAACCGAACCGAACCGAUAUACUAUGGUUCGAACCGAACCGAACCUGAACUGGUAGUUGAUAUUUUGGUUCGGUUACCGAACCGGUUUUUCAAUUUAGGUUCGAGUUUGGUUCGGUUCUUAAAAGUUCGGUUCUUAAAUGGUUCGGUUUUCGGUUUGGUUCUUGGUUAGUUUCGGUUCUCAGAGAACCAUGAACAGUCCUUGACCAUUACUUGGGUAAGGAGCUCGUGGAAAAUCUAUCUGUGCUUCGCUUUUCAAAUCUUGUUUUUGAGCCUCUAUGGUCCCGGACUUACAUUCGCAAUGUACAACUAAUAUUUUCUGAAGAUUUUGGGACAGAGGGCAGAGGAGGUUAUUUUGAUAACUACGGAAUCAUUCGCGAUAUAAUGCAAAAUCAUAUUCUGCAAAUACUAGCGUUGUUUGCGAUGGAAACACCUGUCAGCUUAGAUGCUGAGGACAUUAGAAAUGAAAAGUGAAAUUAGACUGGGAAAUAAGCUUGUUGUCUUGGUUUGAGAUUGGAAAUUUGGAAUGUGAAGGGAAAUGAAUUCAUCCAUCAGAUGAUCAGAACCCAACUCCCUCUUUCCCAUCACCAGUCAACUCAACACUCUUUGCUCUGCUGAACGCGGGAUGGACUAAUAGGCUUGUCUAUUUAAUCUUUGAGGGAAGAAAAAGCUCUGAUAACACCAGAUUUUUGUUCCAUCAGCAUAUUAUCUGAACAUCUGGCAGAAAAUGGCUGCAGAAGAUGAUAAGAAUCUUGUUGAAAUCUUGGAAACCCCAAAUCCCAUAGAUGUUGGCAAGUAUAUGAAUUAUGUCAGUGCCCCGCAAGCUGGUGCGAUAGCUACAUUUUCAGGCACGACACGCGACACCUUUGAAGGCAAAGCAGUCUUGGAGUUGAGAUAUGAAGCUUAUGUUCCCAUGGCGAUUCGUUGUAUCAAUUCUGUCUGUUCAUCUGCGAGAGCAUCCUGGAAUCUGCAUUCCAUUGCUGUUGCUCAUCGCCUAGGCACGGUACCUGUAGGAGAAACGAGUGUCUUCAUUGCAGUCUCAUCUGUCCACAGGGCUGAUGCACUAGAGGCAUGCAAAUAUUUGAUAGAUGAGCUAAAAGCAACAGUUCCUAUUUGGAAAAAGGAGGUGUAUUCAAAUGGAGAGGUUUGGAAGGAGAAUUCUGAAUUCCUGGACAGGAGGUCAGAGCUUGGUAACAAGGAUGUAGCUUGCAGUGGGGAAAAGGCAGAAGUUAAAGACCAUAGCAAAAAGCGCUGCUGUGGGACUAAGGUUCGGGUUGAUAAUGAAGGUAGCCAUGACUAAUUUCAAUGCCAGGGAUCAGAGAUACUAGAUACCAGCUGGUGAUUGCAGUUAUUUAACAUCAGUUUAAAGAUUACCUCUCUCUUCCACCAUUCCCUUUUCUUUGAUGUUAUUAAGAUUGUAUUUAAACUUAGAAGGCAAUAACCUUGCCUAUUUCUUGAGAUAUAAUGUCAUCAAUGUUGCUCUUAUACUUUUCUC